AUGAAUCGCUUCAUAAUCUGUUCUUUCGUGCUUCUCGCAGUUUUUGCUCUCUACGGUGAGGCUUCUGUUGCUCAACAACGCGUUAAGGAGGGAGAAAAACUGGAGCUUGCAGUCUUCAAGGGAGCCAAAGCAAUCAAGAGAAAAGUCGCUGCCGGAGAGCAGAUCUUCCAUUUCGAAGGAGUUAACAAGGGAUCGUUUGUUGAUGAAAAAGAGAAUAAGAUUGAUUCAUCGAACUAUGAAGAGAGCAACGGCCAUUUGAUUAUCAAGAAGUUCACCAAGGCUGAUGUUGGAUCUUAUGCUGAGCACCCAACGAAGAUCAUCAAGACCAAGACCGACCAUGGAUUCAUGUCCGUUUUAGGACCAGUUCUUGAAAUUUCUCUCGAAUGA